UACAACCUUUUCCUUUCGUCUGCUAUCAUAAAUCAAAAUUGCGCUGCGCUUGCCCCUGUUGGCUCGAAACUUCGUCUUCUCGACUUCCCAAGGAGAUUUAAAAGCGAAGAAAAAACAUGCGCCAAUCUUUGCGGUGGCAUUCGCCCAAAGAACUUAGGCUGCUACGUGAUGACAUCGUAUGAUGAGUUGUACACUUGGGCGCCUUUGAGCCUUCGUAGGGAGACAUCAGGCUUCACAUCCGACCAGCUGAUAGAUCAGUAUCGUCGAGGUCAGAGAAUCUGUCAAAGUAAUGAAAAUGAUGAUGUGGUCGCCCGAUGCGCUUUGGAUGAGCCAGUGUGUGCAGACGUAAGUGCUGAUCCUACCUCGGGGCAUUUUUGCUUCUUUUAUUCUACUCUCUUCUCGAAGGUUGGGCUAAGACUGCCCUUAAGUUCCUUUGAGAAGACAUUGUUGACCGAGCUGAAUGUGGCCCAAGCUCAGCUUCAUCCCAACCGCUGGGCUUUUGUCUGAGCUUUUCAUAUUUUGUGUACUCACUUCGGUCUUGUUCCGAGCACGAAUGUAUUUCUGUAUUUCUUCGAGAUGAAGAAAUCAACAAAAUAGAUAUGGUCAUCCUUGAGUGGUGUCGGUGGGCGCGGGCUUCUAACUUUGUUUCAAUUGUCUUACAAGAAGUUCAAAGGCUCUUUUCUGAAAGUCUUAGCUCCUUCCCAAAAAUCGGAUCUCCUGGAGGGCUUCCCUUUAUACUGGACUCAGAAUCCUAAUUUUGUUGGACCGAGGCAGCUAGAGGAUCUCGAGCCCCAAGAGCGGGAACAUUGUUUCCUAUUGGAACGGCUCAAAAUGCUUUUUGAGACAAAACAAGUGUUGAGCUUCGAAUUUCAGCCUGAUGAUCUCAAAUUGUAUAUCGAGACGAUGAUGCGUAUGUCGAAACAAGACCUUGCCAGGCGUCUGAAGAGUAUCUGAGCUCCUACACCCCCAUCCGUCGUGACAGAGGUCCCUGUCAGGGUUGUGGAGACCAACAUGAUCCCUUCCGAUGAGGAGGAGACGUUAUCCGAGUCUGGUCUGAAACGGCGACGGAGAGGAACCGCCCUCCGAACUAAAACCGAACUUGUGGCAACAUCGUCUCAUACCCGCCCGGACCAUUCCUUCUCAUCUAUAGGGGUGAUGCCUUUAGAGGGCUCGAGCAACGCUAGCCAAAGCUUCUGGGACUUGUCAUUCCGUCAUGCAGCACACAACAUGGCUCACAAUGUAUUUGAAGGUGACCUUCAAUGUCUGAUGAACCAGGAUGUGUCGUCCGUUCGCGAAGAUAUAUGCGCUUUUCUACACAAGGUCAAGGUGUCUUUAAUUUCGUUGUGUGAGAGGUUGAAUCGCCUGAGCCUGAUCGAGGGAAAGAAAGACAAAGAGCUUACCGCAUUGAAGCUAGAAGUAUCUCGGCUGACCACCGAGCUAACGGAAAUGGACAAGCUGAGAAAGAAUCUUAGAGAGCGGGAAAUCAGAUCGACAGAUCUUCAAGCCGCCCUUAGGGAGGCUACCCAGAAGGUGGUUGACUUGGAGGAAGACGUUCGUCGAUUCAAAACUGAGGAUGAGGAUAAAGGAAAAGUGUGGAAAGAGCAAGAGGAAAAAAUGGCUAAUGAAGCUGCUAAUACUUACGGGAUAGGGUUCGAGGCGGCCUUGGAAUAGGUCUGCCUCCUAUGCCCCUCAGCCGAUCUCUCUGGUGUUGAUGCUUUGAAGGUCGUCAUUGACGGCCAUAUGGUCGACGGGUAGUACACACCUACGAACUUUUGUUUUUAUUUUAAGCGAAAAAUUUGUAAGUCUUAACUUAGUACGAAGUUAGGGAUAUACUUGUACUACUUGACAUUCCGCCUCUUGGUUUUAUCAUAUGUUUCUUUGUUUGAACGCUUUAAGUAUGAACCGCAGCUUUUGAUGCAAAUAGACCGAUGU